AUGCUCAGGAUUCUCAUCAAGAGUCCGAGGGAUUCAGUGGUGAGCAAGAUGGUGUCACUUCUGAUGAAUGUUCUUAAGAAUCUCACAGUGAACCACAAGGUACACACGUUGUACCCGGAAGAAACUCCGUGUACAGAGAUCAGUUUGAUAAUGGCUGUGUUACUGUACGCACUGUUCUUUGCAACUGCUGUCAAGUAUAUUCUAGGCGUGUCACUGAUUCUCUCUGGUUCUUCACCUCACGCAGUGCUGAAUGAGUCUUUCACUCUGACCUGUACUGUGACACAAGCUGACAACCUUGAUGAUAAAGUACUGUUCUUUAAAAAACCCACGACUGGUGCGUUUGCAUCUCUGAAACAGACAAAUACUUCAUGUGCUGUGUUCCGUGGUGCCAUGACAGGUUACACUGCAUCCUGUGGAAGUGGAACAAACAGCAGCUCGUCCUCUACCAAGACGUACACUCUGUUGAUAAACAGAGCUUCUUCAGUCAGUGAUUCUACAGAUUGGUGGUGUGAACUAUAUUAUAGUUAUAAACGGAGUCGGAACUUUACUCUGAAAGUUUACAGUGAGUACAUUAUCAAG